AUGGCAACUAUUCCAGCAGCGGCAGCAAAUAAUGGACUAACUGCUGAAAAAGCGGCGCGCAGCCCGAAGUGCGCCAGGUGUCGGAACCACGGCUUCAUCGUGCAGUUAAAAGGCCAUUCGGGAAAAUGUCAGUUCAAGCAGUGUUUGUGCUGGAAGUGCUCUCUCAUCAACGAGCGGACGAGAAUCCUCGCGUCUCAAAGACGGAUCAGAACCGAGCGUCCCGAGCAGACCGCUUUAUCCAGCAGAAAAACGGUCUCCGCGGGUAACAAUAAUUCAACUAACGGGGUAAACGGUGAAACCGACAUCAGCGCGAGAAAGAAGAGUACUAUUAUUAAAGCGCCCGCUGACGACACAGCCUACCUCGAGCUCCGACCGCCUGUAAGCACGUGCGGUCCCGUUAGCGCGGUUAACUGUGAUCCGAAGACACCGGCGGGACCGAGCGCGCAGAAUUGCGCCGUUGGAGAUGCACCACCUUUUCCUGGAGAGUACAUAAUUAAAGAGGCAGUUCCAGGGCAAGUUUAUCCAGCAGAUAUGUUGGCAAUGCCUCUUCCCCUGUACCAGCAUUAUCUGGACAGAUACAUGUUCCCGGCCGUGCUGGUGACCCUGAGACCACCUGCACCAGGAGCCUUCAGGGAACAUGUUGGAUUUGUUCCCUUGCCAGCAGGGGCGCUGUCCCAUCCGCUGGAGACUCCUGAAUGGCAAAUCCAUGUUCCGCAUUAUAGUCCGUACCCCACAUAUCCAGGGCUGAGAGAUGAACCUUCCCAGCAUUCACAGAGUCACAUGGAGGGAGAGCAAGGAAGAUCUGAGCUUCCUCCUCAAGUCGCAAGAAUCCCAGGUAUUAAAUAUUGA